AUGUCUUUUACAUGUCGUUUAAUGCGCGAAAAUGAAUUUACACCAGAAUUUGAAUUGUUUAUGAUGGAAACAUUUUUUCAACAUGAACCAAUGAAUAAAUAUUUACAAACACAAAUACCUGAUGAUAUUGAUCUACCCUGGUUAAAACAAGUAUUAAAUAAAGCUAAAUAUGAUAAUCUUACUUUGGCGUUUUAUGAUACUAAUUGCAAUCGUUCUUUACCUAUUGCUUAUGCUAUAAAUCAUCAUGAUAAAGUAAACGAUGACGAUCAUUCUGAUACUCUUUAUUCAUCAUUAAAUCAAAAAUAUUUACAAAAAUAUGAACAUAUUAGUGGUAUAUUAACAAAAUUACAUGAAAAUAUAGAUUUAUUUGAAAAAUUUUCAUGUCAAAAUUUAUUUCAUAUUUAUUUUUUAGUUGUUGAUCCUAAUUAUCGACAAAAUAAAUUAGCCAGUCAAUUAAUUAAUUCUUCAAUAUGUUUAGCAAAAGAAAAAAACUUCGAUAUGAUUUAUGCUGAUGUUACUAGUAAUUAUUCAUUAAAUGCAUUUCUUAAGAAUGAUUUUCAAAUUAUUAAAGCAAUUAAUUACAAUUCCUAUGAAAAUUUCUAUGGAGAAAAAACUUUUGAAAAUGUCGAAAUACAUAAAGGUUGUUCGAUUGUUAUAAAAGAUUUAAGACUUGAAUAA